GAUGGCAGGUAUCUAUUUUGAUGUCAAUGUCAAAUAUCAAGUGUCAUUAUCAGAUGCUUUCUUUUAUUUUUCUUCAGGGAAGUUAAUUUUUCUAAUUCAAAGCUGAUUCAAGCGUUCAUGAUAUAAUUCGAAAUUUCUUAAUUGUACGAUUGAAAGUUCCUUUUCUCUGUGCAUUCUGGUGCUUCCCGUUAGAAACAUCGUGGUGCUGUCCUGUAAAAGUUAUUUAUUGUUAAUAUGGAUUAAUGUAUUAAAGUUUCUAAUUCGAAACGGAAAUGGAUUUACGGUGCUACAAAAAUAGUUGUAGAUUAUGUUUAAAGCCACUUCUAACUCAAGUGAAGAAUAUAUUCACUAAUUCGAUUGAGGGAUAUACUGAUUCUUUGAUUGAUAUUAUAUUUUCAUUGUUUGGAGUACAGCUUAAUGAUGAAAGGAAAUAUCCUCAAUAUAUUUGCAGAAAAUGCUUGACUGAAGUGGAAAAUAUGUUACUAUUCAAGGAAGAUUUUUUACGUAACCAAAAUAUUCUUUAUAAUUUAUUUUGUAAUAGUGAUUCUAGGUCUCAGGAAGUACAAGAUGAUGAUAUUAUUAUAAUUGAAGACACAGAAGACUUUCAACCUAGUAUACUCACUGAAUUACACGAACGAACAAGCACUGAAUUACAAGAACGCCCUGUGCCUGAACAAGAAUAUAUCAAAGUACCAAAAAUAUUUCUAAAACAAAUAAGCCCUAAAGUUAGAUUAAAAAGAUUGGAAAAUCAAGUUCAGUUUACAAAUAUAUUAGAAACAAAAAAAACUUAUUUAAAUAAGACUAUUUAUGCACCGAGAAAACAAGUUUUUUCCCAAAUAUGUACAAUAUGUGAUAAAACUUUCCGCUACAAGUUACAAUUGCAAGUUCAUUAUAAGAAGAAACACAAGCACGUUAAGGAAAAUGAUAAAUGUUUAAGAAAUAGUGGUGUAGAAGAUAAUGAUGUAAUUGAGAUUAAGGAAAAUGGCAUAGAGAACUGUGAAUCUGAUCAUAAGAGUUUUAGAACUAAAGUUCUAUCACCAAACCACGCAACCACACCUGGAACUUCCUUACCUUAUAACCAAACAACAUUUUUAAAAAAUCUCAACCUUGUAACUCAUGAAAAAGCACAAAUAAUUAAAACCAAACUUUCUCAAAAGGUUCUCAAACGUCGGCUAAAAAAAUAUUGGGUCAAAAAACAAUUAUCAUGCACAAAAAUCAAUUCAAGAAUAGUUAACAAACGAAGUCAACCUAAAGCCAACUUAAAGCAAAAUACCAUAAAAAGGUCUUUAACAUUUUUAAAUAGGUAUGGCUAUAGAAAGUCUGAGAAUGAUAUUAAAAAGCCUAGUUCUAUAUCUUCUGAUGAAAAGUUGAAAAGUAUUAAAAGGUCUCCUAGCUUAGAAGCAAAUUGUAAACUGUUAGGGGAACAAUCUGAGACGGAUUCCACUAAAAAUGUCUGUGAUAUUUUAAAGAUAGAAAUUGCUCCACUAGAAAACCUACAAACGUCAAAAAACAUAGAUAAUGAUUGUGUCGUUAAAAAUAAAAAUCUACCAUUGUCACCAGGCGAAUGUAAGCUCCAUUUAAAAAGAUACGGUCAGGAUACAUUACAACUACGCACAAAAAAUAAGCUAGAAACGCAUCUUAACGUCGGAAGCUGUGAUUUGCAUAAAUUUGGCAAAACAAAUGAUUUUGAACAGUUUUUACAGCAUAAUAUAAAAAAUCCCGAUAUUUGCAGUAAAAAACACGGUGGUUCAUUUGAACUACCAAAGAAAAAUCACAUUGAAAUGAGUCUGGACAAUCAUACAAACAUUAAUAACCCUAAAACCAACCAAUCAGAAGAGACAUUUUAUAUUUCCAAUUCCAAUAUAAUAAAUCCUGAUCAUUGUAAAGACAGUAAUGAUAACUUUGGGCUAUUCGUAAAGAAACCUAUAGAGCAGAAUGCAGAGUACCAUACUUCCAAGAAUAACCCUAAAAGGGGCAAUGCUGCUAUUGAGUUAUUUCCUAAAUAUAGUAUAAAGUCUACUGAUUUUAAUAAAAAGAGUAGUUAUGAUACAUUUAAACUACCUAUACGAAAUCAUUUAGAAGGAAGUUUAAAGCGUAAUGCAAGCCCUAAACAUAAAUCACAUAUAUGUCAAUCAGGGAAAGAGACUACUAACCAAUUUUCUGAAAAGAAUUUUGACGUUUAUAAACGUAUCAGUAAAGGUACUUUCGAACUGCCUGAAAGAAAUUGUAAGGUGAAAAAUCAGGAAAGUCUGAUGAAUAAGGAUAGUCCUAAGAGCAAAUCUGCAGGUAAUAUAAUUAAUGUGUCUGUAGAAAACGAAAAAAAGAAUUCUAAUGAUGCUGAUUGUGAAUUGCGGAGUGGUACAUUUCGGUCACCUGAAAGGAAUGGAAAUAAUAUAACAGGCUGGAAAAUAAGAUGGCAUGACAGUAAUCGAAUAAAAAUUGUUAAAAAUACGAAUUUACCACUGUCAUCACGUGAAUACAAUCACCAGUUUAAAAAAUACCGGCCGGACACUUUAGAACUACUCUCUAAAGAUAUGUUAAACUUUAACACAGGAACUAAUUUACUAAACAGCUUAGAACGUGCUACAGGUUCUAAACACAAAUCAAUUACAGAUCAAUCAGAGAAAGAGACUACUCACCAAUUUUCUGAAAAGCAUUUUGACAUUUAUAAAAGAAUUAGUAAUGGUACAUUCGAACUGCAAAAAAGAAAUUGUAAGAUAAACAAUCAAGAAAGUCAGAUGAAUAAAGAUCUUGAAAGUAAAUCUGCAAGCAAUAUAAUUAAUAAAGAUAAUGAAUUACAGAAUAGUGCAUUUGAGUUUCCCAAAAGAAUUGGAGAUAAUUUAAUAGGUUGGAAAGUAAGAUGGCAUGAUAAUAAUCGAUUAAUAAAUGUUAAGAAUAAGAAUUUACAACGUUUAUCACACAAAUACAAGCACCAGUUUGAAAAAUACGGACAGGGCACUUUAGAACUAUUGUCAAAAAAUAUGUUAGAAAAAAAUGUUAAAAGAGGAAGGGGUAGACCGAGAAAGAAAAUAGAUUUUGAAAAUGUCUAACAGUUUUAGUUCAAAACUAACUGAGUUUGAUUUCUUCCAAUAGAUCUGAUUAGUAAUUAUUUCACACGAAAUGCAACGAGAAUUAUACCGACUCUGUUAGGGAUGGACAAUCGAUAUAUUUUAGGUAUCGAUAUCUUGGUAAUUAUCGAUAGUCGUAGAUAUUUCGAUCACUAUCGUGUUACUAGUAGUAGCAGUUAUCGUUGUAUUAAUAACUAUUGAUAUAUCAACUAAUAAUGGUACGUCAGCAAGUAUGAAUAACUCGAUAUAUUGAUAUACCAACGAUAUAUUAAUAUAUCAUUAACAGAUAAAAUUUUGAAAUUU